AUGGCGACGGAGAUCCCACCCCCAAUACCAGAUCCCCUCCCACCCUGGGCCCGCCUUUCCCAUACCAUUUCCACGCCCCGACUGAUUCUCCGUACAGCUCUCGUCUCCGACGCCACCGCUUUCACGAAAUUAUUCAGUGAUCCGAUCAACAACCCCUUCGGUGGAGUGGUGGGGCAGUAUAGGAGCGAGGAGCAGCAGAGAGAGAAUUUGAGGAAGCAAGGAGGAAACGCGGGGAGUACUGCGAGGGGCGAGAACGCAUGGCUCGUUGUGAUUUUGAAAGAAAACCAACCUGUGCCUGAGGGCGCUGAGGCUUUGAAAGCUGCCGACGGGUUUCUGAUCGGCAGUACUGGGUUUAAUGAGUUUAAGAUUGAGAAAGAUGCGGAAGGAAAGGAAAUCGUAAGGACGGAUGUGGGUUGCUUGAUUGACUGGCGCUUUCAAAGAAAAGGGUAUGCACUUGAGACUCUAGAGGCGGUCAUUGAGUAUGGGUUUAAGAAGGUAGGAGCGAAGAAGAUAACUGCUGACACAAAUGUGGAGAAUGAACCAUGGAGGAAGCUGGUGGAUGUUAUGGGUAUCCCUGUUGCUGAGAUGAAGAAAGAUGGCAGACCGAAUGGAGAGGGAGGUAGUGUUCAAUAUCGGUUCUCGGAGAAGGAUUGGGAGGUAGCGAAGAUAAAGUUGAAGAGUGGUGGGAAGUGGUAUUUAGAUUGA